AUGGUCAUGCAGAGUGUCCUUACGACGACACCAUCGUGUGUGUUGCACACUACCAUCACGCACGUCUCAAAGUCCUCAAUCUCUGGCGCACAUACACAUACGCAGUUCCUCGUACGUGUAUCGGACGAGCGUUCACCUGAUCUUAAUUGGACGGUCUAUCGACGCUAUUCGGAGUUUCGUAACUUUAAACUUGCACUGGAGAAGGCUAUUAAGAGUGGCGACAUGUGCGCGCACUGCGUCAUUAUGUCAAAGCGCACGUGUUUCGUGCUCUUCCCGCGUCGUCGACUGUUCAGUAAUUUGCGUGAAAAGACGCUUGAAACGCGGUGCGCUGGACUCAAUAUGUUUUUGCAUGUUGUCGCGAAACACGCACGUACGUGUCGAGAGAGUAUGACGUGUCAGACUCGACUACUUAUGGACAAGUUCCUCUUGGUGAACGACAUGCGUUACACGUAUUUGAACGUUGACAUGAGCGAGACCGAUGGAGAAGGAAACAGCACCGCUUUGGGGAAGAAGAACCUAUCAAUGAGUGGAUUGACGCACCGUUCGUCAUCAAUGGUGAGCCGAUUCGACCGACUGAGCAACCACUCGUACUCUCGCGAUGAAGCUGUGCGUAGUUGCACUGGGGAGUGGAUGCACACGAGCGAUGAACUGGCAACUGAUUCACAGGAAAAUCAGUUUCAGGUGGAGGCGUCUAUGAACGAAGACGUGGACAGCCAGCAGCAGGAUGCAAACGGACUGGUCGUUAAGCGUAAUAGGACGUCGAAUCUUCUGUCCUAUUCUAACGACCGGCGUGCACGCACACACUCGUGGAAUGAUGACACGCAGUUGUCUGCAGUGCGCCAGAGCCUCACCUCUGAGAGGGAACGCCCUGCGUACAAGCAACAGUCGAACUCGUCCACGUCUCGUCAUUCGGACCCUGGACUUGCUCGCAACGAGCUGCUAAAUUUCACGCGCGGUAGCUUUUCGGGUGGCGGACGCCCCCUCCGCGCUGAGGGACGACCGCGGUCGCGCAAAGUACACUUGUCAUCAGCUGCUAAGCGUGUCAAAAAGCUAGAGGAGGCUGAAGCACGCUUCUCGGUGCAAGCACAGACUAGGAAACCCAAGUGUGUCCCGAGGCUCGCGCCGAUUCCUGAGGAGGAUUAG